CGAACGCAGAAAUCCCCACCAGCACAAGAAAUCAACAUGGCACCGGCAUCGCUUCUGGAUCUUGUGUCUGCCCUGCCCACGCACGAUGGGUGGGGUCCUACGGUUUCGGACGAGACGAUGCUCGACGGCGUUCCAUAUGCGCCAUACUCCAAAGCCGACAAACUUGGGCGCAUGGCGGACUGGACGGGGGGCAAGGACGGGGAAAGGGGCGGACGCCAGCAGUAUGGCGGCCGCGGCUACAGAGACCAGCAAGUCUACGGUGCAAACCAGCAGACGAACCCGUUCGCCAUUCAGGCCGCCGAGGAGGAGGCCACGUUCUCUGUCGUAGACAAUACGCGCACAUCUGCCAGGGGCCGCGGCUUCGGAAGGGGAGGUGGCACUGUCUUCCGCGGACGAGGACAGCGGGGUGGACAGCAGCAGCGCGGCGGACGAGGGACCUUCCAGCGCGUCGGUGGCCGAGGCGGGCAGCAAUAUGACAAUCGCGGCGGGCGAGGCGGCAGAGGAGGACGUCGAUUUGGCUGGAGGGACGACAAGCCGCAGCGCAACCGCGAUGCAUCGGUUCAGGUCAAGCCCGACUGGACUGUGCGGGAGGAGAUGGACUUUUCUCGUCUGGCCAAGUUGAACCUGGCUACGGGCGAUGGCGACGAUAUCGACAGCUACGGCUUCCUGUACUACUACGACCGGAGCUACGACAAGCAGCCUGGCGCCGUGACCUCGCAGCGAAAACUCAACGUCCUCGAGCGAGCCGCCUACAACGUCACCACAUCCAGCGACCCUAUUCUACAGGACCUCGCCGAGAAGGACGAAGGCACUGUAUUUGCAACCGACAGCAUCCUGUCCAUGCUGAUGUGCACCACCAAGUCGGUAUACUCCUGGGACUUGGUCAUCACGAAGAGGGGUAACAAGCUCUUCAUCGACAAGCGAGACGGCUCCAAUCUGGACAUGGUCACCGUCAACGAGAACGCUACGGAUGCACCGCUAGAGAUCUCAGAAGGCAACAAGGAUUCUAUGAACAGCCCCAGCGCGCUCAUGCUGGAAGCCACCCAUAUCAACAACGUCUUCCCGCUCCAGGUUGUUAUUGAAUCGCAAACCAACAAGGUCGACAUGCCUCACGAGCAUCCGUUCUACAACGAGGACGUUGAGACUGAUCCCCCGGCGUCCAAGGCUUACAGGUACCGAAGGUUUGACCUUUCUCUCGAGACGGACGAGGAGCCUCUGCACCUGAUCGUCCGGACGGAGCUCGAUGCUGUUGUCAAGAACGCCAUCAGCGGCGAGGACCAGUACCUGACAAUCAAGGCGUUGAACGAGUUUGACAACAAGGCGCAAGGCAGCGGUGGCGCCCUGGACUGGCGGACCAAGCUGCAAAGCCAGCGAGGUGCCGUCUUGGCGACCGAGAUGAAGAACAACGCGUGCAAGCUGGCUCGAUGGGCGGUGCAGAGUAUCCUCGCCAAGGCCGAUACCAUGAAGCUCGGUUUCGUCUCCCGGACCAACCCCAAAAACAACAACGACCACGUCAUCCUCGGCGUGCUCACCAACAAGCCGCGCGACUUCGCCAACCAAAUGGCGCUCAACCUCAACAACGGCUGGGGCAUCGUCCGCACCAUCGUCGACAUGUGCCUCAAGAUGGACGAGGGCAAGUACGUGCUCGUCAAGGAUCCGAACAAGUCUAUCCUGCGGCUGUACUCGGUGCCAGACAACACGUUCGAGGAGGAGGCUGAGGAGAGCCAGAUCGCCGAGGAGGAGAAUGAGGAGUAAUGGGCCGGGGCUUCGAGGUGUCAUGGAAUGUAAUGAGGUAUACGAUAGAAUGGCUGCCAUGAUCGGAUGAGGUGGUAGACAAAAUGCAAUGAUUCGGGAGACAUUCUAGAGCAUAAGUGAGAAGUUUACCAUCUUAUCAACAUCUAGCUAGCUACGGAAUCUAGGAAUUUAUCGAUGCACACAG